AUGAUUCCCAUAGAUCCGAAACCAUCAUCUGAAGAUAGCAUUGAGGGUUUGAAGACACCGAAUUCCGGCUUAACGAUACAAGAAUCACAGGCGAUCAUAAAUGAAGGUUCGAAACCAUUUUGGAAGAAUUUGAAAAAUGAAAUCAAAAAAACUUAUAAAUGUGACAUGAUGCUUCCAGACCUCACGAAAGACCUUUAUGAACGUGAGAAGCGGUUAUUAAAUAACAAGCUGCACACGAUAAUAACAAAUGGUCGUAUUUGCAAGAUUGCAACAACGCAAACCUCUCCAUCAGGUGAAUUGAUACUGGCUGAUGAUCCGAAUUCCAGAUCACCAAUUACUAAAGAACAUAUCAUAGAUCUUCUAAACAGACAAGAUUCUCAGCUAUCAAUUGAUCGCAUUUCGGAUUUGAUUAUGCAAAAAUUGGCAAUUACAAAAACUGUUGAAGCAGACAUGAAAUUGUUUCGGAAAAAUAUGAAGAAUGAGAAACAUGCAGCUAUUCGAAAAAUGAAGGAGGCGCAGCGUAGACGUAUCGAAAAAAUGCGACAAAAUCAUAUGGUACAACUAGAAAGAGUUGGACGUCAAAAUGAUCUAGAAUUAAAACGACUGAAAGAAUACAUAAGAAGAAUGGAAGAAGAAAAAGAAAUCGUGAAAGAUAAGUUAGACAGUUGUGAAAGAAAAUUGAGAAACACAGAAGCAAAUAUCAUAAAAAUGGAAGCGGAAAAUCGCAUGUUUCAUGAAGAAAACCGAAUAUUUAAACAAAAUCUGGUGAAACAACGUGAUGCGGAUCAAAAGCUUCAUAGAAGUGCAUUACUUAUCAAUGAGCUUAAAGACAAACUUAGGAAGUCCGAACAGACAAAAGAACUGAUUCUGCAGCAAUUUCGCCUUCUAGAAAUGGAACGUGAUGAACUUAUAGAAGCAAUUUAUCACGGAAUACAUGAAGUGGAAAAAGUAAACCAUCUAAGUGACAAAAUUCUGGCAUCAGAAAUUACAAAAACCGAGGAUCAAACUGGAGGAUAA